AUGGUACUGUUAACUCCAUCUAGUAACCGCGUUCUAUUCAGUACGAACACUAUUGAUGUGGAAAGUACGACAAGAUCGAACGUGUCAAGGAGGGUAUCCAAAAUCCCUCCUGUGUACGAACGCCCCACGGCCAGCAACAUUUCAUUUGAGAAAGGAGGCGUGUUUAACGUAUCAAAGCCAUGCAACCGUCAGCCGCGUCUGUCAUUUGCUUCUCGUGGCGUGAGAUCGGGGCCACCCGGGGAAGAAUCAUCAAAAAUGGAUUCGACGAUUCCUUUGCUUACACCGACGAUGGAGUCGGAGUUGAUGAAAGAACCGUGGAUAUUCCCGCAGCAAAAAUCGAAUGCAACAAAAGAAGAGGAGAAAGCAGCAUCCUCCACGUGGGAGGAAAACUUUCAGGAUUUAAGCGGUUGGUGCAUGGAGACGUUCCCGGGCCAAUGCGAUUUUCAUACAGGUGAAUCACCUACGUUUAAACUAUCAGGUACGAAAUACGAGGGUAACAGUGUCUUGUCUUCUGAAGAGGGGGUAUUGAAAGAUUUGAUAAGUGUAGCAGACGAAGAUAAGUGGAGCAUGAAAAUGAAUGCUGCUGAGACAACCGAGCACAUAAACAAUAAUUCUCAAAGUAUACAAUCUCCAUCAGACGUAACUAGUCUUAAAUUCGAGAAAGAAGAUAGUACCGCGGUAUCAAAUCCAUCUAACGUGUGGUUAAAACUAUCGAAAGGAUCAACAGCUACUCUAAACACAAGUUCAUUGAAUAAACAGAAUAACACUGAAGUUAGUACACCAAUUCAACCGAGGUAUCACAUAGGAGACGUUGAUGUAAAUGAUGCUUGUCCGACCUCGUACGAUUCCGCCGAUAAUCAACGUGAAACAUGGGACCCGCUGCGUACAGUUGAAACCACCGGGUCGGAUUCAUUUGAUUUGUUAUCAUAUCUUUGUGAUGAUGAUGUUCGUUCGUCGGAAGGGAGCGUUUCAACAGACUCGUCUUCGGUAAUAUCGAAACCACCAUGGUCGACCGCGAAAUCUAUGGUAACGAUUCCAUACGGUAACGUGAAAGUGAAAACCGAGAGGAACGGCACAACCGUUCUAGAAAGCAUAAAAGGUCGAGCAGCAGCAUCAGCAUCAACGGUCACCUCGUCUUCUAUAGAGACAUCAAUAACAUCCCGAAAGGCAGAAAGAUCGAGGACACAGGUUACCAGUAGGGUAGUGGAGAAACCGUACACCAGGGUGAGACGCGAGAAAACAGGACGAAAACGUUACGUUGAAAGUGAUUCGGAUGAACGACCGUACGUGGUGCAUUAUCGUGAAUCAAGAGAAAAGAACAACGAAGCUUCGAGAAAGUCACGUAUGAACAAGAAAGCCAAAGAGUCUGAGAUGGCGAUGAAAGCUAUCGAAUUGGAACGAGACAACAGGAUAUUGAAGAUGAAAGUGGAAGAACUCGAGAAACUCGUAACAUCUAUGCGCAGUGCGUUGUUAAGAUCUGCUUUGAAAAAGGAGUUCUAAACACCGUUUCCUUUUUACGGUUUUUAAGAAACUUUUUUAAGACUUUAUUGUACUUUUUGUUUUACUUCAUCGUUUCUUUUUCUCCUUAUUUCUUUCAAGUGUUCUAUGUUUCGUCACAUACGUAAAACACCAUGCAUUACUUUCUAUAUGUUUCAUAUCGUUACGAUUAAUUAAUGUCAACAAUAAUUUCAAACCUUUAACAUCUUGUGUAAUUAAUACUUUCUUUCAAUGUAUAGUUUGAAAAACAAAAACAGAAAAAAAAUGUUAUUGGAUUUUUUUUAAUAUAAAUAUGUAGCAUUGUAUCAUUCAGAGAGAAGAUGUAUUCGUUAAACUAUUUUAUGUAAAUGUUUGUUGCACAAUGUUUGUGUUUAAGUUUUUCAAAGACCAUUUUUAUUUACGAAUGUUUUAUAAAGUCUAUAUGAUAGAAUGUUUUAUGCUAUCGUUCAUGUUAUGAAAUGAACAAAAAAAUAGAAAAAUGAAGUAUUUUUAAAGAAUGGAGGAGACUGGGGAAAAUUUGAAAAAUUGUAUCCUUUUAAGAGUUUAACGAGAAUAAGAUUACAUAAUCAUAUUUUGUUCAGCCUUGUAUUGUACCUGAUAAGAAAAGGAUAAAUAUGGAGGUCGGAACGAGAUAAAUUAUGAAUGGAAAAGAAUAUAAUUUUUUUACUGGCGUGGGCACAAUAGCGGCAUGAUGUACAAUUAAUCUUCGAAUAAAGAAAAUGCUUUUUAACUUUUA